AUGGUACAACCAAACUCAAUUCCUCAUCCGUACCAACAACAAAACUCCAACGUUCCUUCGUCUACAUCUUCGGCCCCACUGAGUGCCAGUUCGUCGAAGCUGGUUACAAGGAGAUCACGUAUGGGAUGUCUCACAUGCCGUCAACGUAAAAAGAGAUGUUGUGAGUCGAGACCCAAGUGCACCGAGUGUGGUCGAUUAGGAUUGAACUGUGUAUGGCCCAAACCAGGAACAGAGCACAAGAACAAACCCAAGGAUCAAAAGGAAGAUGAAAAUACCAUUGAGCAUGAGAUUUAUGGUAGAAUCAAAGUGUUGAGAGGAAUAGUCGAGUACAGGUCUCAGUAG